CCAGGCAAUAUGGUUGGCCCUAGCAGUAAAAUCAGCAAAAUAUUACUGGGACUGCUGAUACUACUCAUAAUUUUCUAUAUAUAUAUGGAUGUCCAGUUGUACCUGCGUAUACAAAAUUAUCCCCUAGAAAGAAAUUAUCACUUCAACACAACCACCGAUAUACCUCAGCGUGAUGUAGUGACGUACGAAUCACAGACUUGGCUGCGUUGUGAUCUCAAUCCAUUGUGCCAUGUUACGGUGAAAGCCAUUCUCUUGGAUCACACAAAUCACUAUGUGUUUGCGCCGUUGGCAACCGUCUUCGACAAUGUUAUUGGCUUCUCGAGAUCCUCAUUCAUAACGGCCAAUAUGAUAUCAUUUUUCCAUGUGGGCGUGGCAUGUGUUGCUGGCAAACUGGUGUCCUCGGACAGCCUGGGAUAUAGACGAUUGGGUGUGGUUUUAUUCCAGUUCCGUACCUUCCUCGAUGACCUGGACGGUCAUGUGGCGCGUGUUAAAAAGAAUAUACGCGGCGAACGCUCCGAAGUGGGGACUACCGGUUACUAUGUCGACGGCAUUUGCGAUGGUCUGGGAUGCAUUGCCCUGCUCUUGGGCAUGUUUUUCUAUUUGAAAAACAAUCCACCACGCCGCGGCUACCUGCAAUUGCCAAUGGUCGAUACGCGAGCCGACGUUCCAACGAAGACCAAAAUAAAGCCCACCACACGCAAGGUAGCCAAGAAGGUUAUCAGCUUCACAGGUCAGCUGCUGCUCAGCUCCACAGCAUGGAAUCGUUACAUCGCUGUCUAUCAGAAUAUGCUGGAGCGUACUGAUGUCACACCCGCCCAAAUGUCCUAUCAGCAAAUCGUCUUCAAAUCAACGUGGUUCUUCUGUGUCGCGUGGCUGUGGCGCAUUGUGAAUGUCCACUCGCUGAUGCACUGCGUCCUGCUGAGCAUAUUCUGCGACAAGCUCUUUGAAUUCCUUAAGGCCAUCCAGUACAGUGGCUACAUAAUACUCCUCGUGUGCAUUUGCAUAACGGAAAUGCAUCUACUGGAGGCGCAUAAUUUCAUCUACAACACGAUGAGCAGUGGCAACAUAACGUCUUUCUGAUAAAAC